AUGGGCAAGAAGCACAAAAAGCACAAGUCCGAAAAACAUGGAUAUGAAGAAUACGGAGACCGGCCGCUGAAGCUGGUCCUGAAGGUGUCCGGAAACGAAGUGACGACGGGAAGUUCCAGUCUGGACACUUUUUACGAGGAGCAAGCCGGGGACAGCGACAAGCCCAAAGACAAGAAGAAGAAAAAGAAGAAGGAUAAAGACAGGAGCUUUGGCUCUCCAGAGGAAGACAAAGGGAAGAAAAAGAUGACUAAAAAGAAGAAAGGACAGGAUGCAGAGGGAGAAGAGGACAGAGAGCAGUGCAGAACUCCUAUUCGUUCAGAGCUGGAUAAACGAGAAGAAAAAGAGCAGACGCCACUGCAGGAAGCUUUGAACCAGCUCAUCAGGCAGCUUCAAAGGAAAGACCCCAAUGCAUUCUUCGCAUUUCCAGUGACCGAUCUCAUUGCACCUGGCUACUCCUCUAUCAUCAAACGGCCGAUGGACUUUAGUACAAUGAAGGACAAAGUCAAGAAAGAGGGCUACCACUCGUUGGAUGAACUCAAAGUGGAUUUGAGAAUCAUGUGUGAGAAUGCCAUGAUUUACAACAAACCUGAGACAAUCUACCAUAAGGCAGCUCGUAAACUGUUACAUUCUGGGAUGAAGAUCCUUAACCAGGAACGGCUGGACAGCCUGAAGCAGAGCAUAGAUUUCAUGUCCGGCCUCGACCCCUUUGCCAAACAGCCCGUGAAGUCCGAGGAGCAAGGAGUCAGCGGCUCAGACCAGAACAAGGAGGGAGUCCCGGCCGCAGAGAGCAGGGAGCGCUCCCAGACGCCCAGCACACCGAGACAGGACAAAGACUCCAAGGACGAGGCGGCAAAGGCCGAGAAAGAGCUGGAGGAGAUCCGCAAGGUCAUCGAGGAGUCCGGAGGAAAGCUGUCGAACCGAGUGGUGCAGUGUGAUUUGGAGUUUGCCAGGCGGAAGUCCAAUGGCUCCACCACUCUGGCCGUACUCAACCCAGCAGAUCCUUCGCCUGGGGACGCCGGCUACUGUCCGGUGAAACUGGUCAUGAUGUCCAAUCGGCUACAGAGCGGCGUGAACAGCCUGCAGAGCUUCAGGGAGGACAAAAGGAACCGGGUCACUCCAGUGUCCUACCUAAGCUACGGCCCGUUCACGUCCUACGCGCCGGCGUACGACUCCAGCUUCGCCAACAUCAGCAAGGACGACUCGGACCUCGUCUACUCGUUCUACGGAGAGGAGUCCAGUCUGCAGGGCUCCAGCGGCUUGUCGGAGUUCUUGGCCAAAUCCGACGAGUACGUGUACAGAAUGGGCGACAGUCUUCUGGACGCGAUGACCAACGGAGAGCAUUCCAGAUGCCUAAAGGAGGCCGAGCCUCAGCCAGAGGAGCCAGGAAGCAGUCAGGAGGAAAAGAGUGACACCGAGGUAGCUGAGGCCAAGUCGUCCAACAAGCUGGACUUCCUGCGUUCUGCUGCCAGCUUGGAUGAGGCCGAGGAGCUCUCUGGGGACGCCCUGCACUUCCAGCAGAAGUUGGACGAGACUACAAAGUUGCUGCGCAACUUGCAGGAAGCCCAGAGGGAGCGCCUCAGUGCCAAGCAGCCGCCUAAUAUGAUCUGCCUGCUGGCCCCGACUGCCAAGGAGCUGGAGCUCGCUGAGAAGGUUACAGGAAACCUGACCGAGCUGACUGGUCAGGUCGCCCCGUGUGAUGUCAGCAGCGUCUACGGCAUCAGGAAGGCCAUGGGCAUCGCCGUGCCUCCAGAGCAACCUGAAGCCCUCAUAGACCUCACAACAGUUCAUGAGACGAGUGAACCGAUGGAGACCGUGUCCACCUGUCCGGAGGUGGUUCCACUCGUCACGGUGAAAUGACAUUCCAGCCGGCGUCACUCAGUUUAUUAACUUAAGUUUUGUACAAAAGGUGCUUUUUGUCUGACUCUCGUGUGCAUUUCAAUCAAUAAACUCGUUUUUUUUUUUUUUUUUUU